GCGUUCAGUACAGCUGUGGGUUGCGCAAUUUAUAUGUAAAUCAUCACGAAAAUAAUAAAUUAAUUUAAUAUUUAGUGCAUAAAAUAUAUCUAGGACUAUAUAAAUUAUGUUUGUGCUGUAUCUAAACAUCUAAAAUCCAAUAGUGGUGUAUUAUAUUGCUCGUAAAUACAAGUGCAAACCUGUCAUGGACCGUGUAUUUCUUGUGUUGUGAUGAUGUAUUAAAAUUAAAAAUAAUGAAACGAAAAGUUAUUCGGCUGUGCAAAUAGUGUUAAAAUUAUGGCUGUGUUAUGGGUGAUUUUGAUUUUGUCCACAUCUGGAUUGCAUUACGUUCAUGGAUUUCCAAUAAACCCGUCGUCGCGAAUCUACCCGCAAGAUGGUAGCGGAUCAGUAUUGGAGCAAUGGACUGCGGAAGGGGGGUUGUAUGCUGCACUGCCAGCGCUGGCGUUGGUAUUUGCAGCAUUUGGUCUGCUAUUCGGCUGCACCUGGUGCUAUCGGCACAAAGAUUGCAAGCCGAACGAGGGUGCAGAGAAUCAGAUAUUCACGGCGAGCGUGACGCACCUCCACGAUGGGCGGCGCUCGCAGCCCCCCGACUCGGGGUUCUCCGAGCCCACCAACAACAACGUCAACGAGGACAACAACAACGGGCCCAUCUCGCUCCGGGAGAUGCAGAACAUUGCCAAUAACAACGCCGCAACGUACAUCACGAGCGAGAACGAGGAGAGAAACCGCAUCAGCCGAGAGUCGGUGGUUGAGUUCGAACCGCUGCCUACAGGGAUCGGGGUGUUGGAUCCGUUGGAGAGAUGCGCUGAUUGGUUUGCCGGCGAAGAUUUGCCGAGAGAUCGUCUGCAGUACCUCAGAGAAAUUGGCAGAGGCUGGUUUGGAAGGGUGGUGGAAGGUGAAAUAGACGAUGGGGAGAGCACUACCACUGUGGCCGUCAAGAUCCUCAACCAGAACGCGAGCUUGGAGGACAAGGCGCGGUUUUUGGACGAGAACAAAAUGUACCGCGACCUCAGUCAUGAAAACAUCCUACCGUUCGUAGCCAAAUGCCUGCAGGAGGACUCUUGGCUGUUGGUAUUCGAGCUGUGCUCGAUGGAUCUACAGCAGUACAUAUCGUCGACGCGCGAUCGUGCGGAGUCGCUGCACUCUGCGGGCGCGCCGCUGCGGCUCAUGUGUGACGUCACGUCCGCGCUGGCGUACAUGCACGCCAACGGAUACCUGUAUCGUAACCUCUGUACGGGCAACAUAUUAGUGCGCGAGCGUGACGACGUGCGCGCCGUGCUCGGACAGUACGCGCCGUGCGACCAACCCCAGCUUGCGCGCGCCCCCGACACGCUGAGAAACACGAACAGACAUACGGCGGCUAAUGACGUAUGGGCGUUGGGUCACGUGAUCUGGGAGCUGUGCGCCUGGACCCCGCCCACCGCGCACGCACACGCCCCGCCCCCUCCACCCUCGUACGCGCUCUACGGAGACCACCUGUAUCAAGUCAUGCAACUAUGCUGGAACCCCAACUACGAAGCUCGGCCGACCGCCGCUCAAGUCCACGCGUUAAUCAACCACCUCCACAUGACGCACGCCCGCGCCAGCGAGGCCUCCAACGACGACGGCUACGGCAGCAGCGACUUCGAGGAGCGCUGGCAGAGGCUCAAACCCAACAGCAUCCCCAAAAUAGACGAGCACGUCGCCAUCGUACACGCCCCCUCCACCUCCAUGGCGUCGCACUUCACCGGCUCAGACCAGGAGUUCGAUAACGCGCCCACCAUACAGGACUCCUUGAGCGUCGAAAUGGAUACUGCGGUAUCGAGAUCCAGUAGCAUCAUGUCGGAUAAAGAUCUGUCGGUUCAAGCCAAAUCCGACAGCCUAACUAAUCUCCACGGAUCGUUGGAGGACGUCAGAAACAUAUACCUCACGCACAACGAAAUGGCGACGCUAGAAUGUCACCAAGGUAACAUAGCCCUCGAGGAGAAAGAUCAGGAUCAUUCGGACAACUCGGUAGAUCCCUGGCUAAAAGAUAUUAUAAACGGCAGUCAGGAUGACGUCAGCUACUACAGGGAUGUCAGCGAUGUGAUAAAGAAUCUCGAUAACAUACUAAACUCGGAGAAGACUUCGAGCUCGGAGUCAAGUCAUCAAGCCAGCCCGUCUAGAGAUAAUCUGAGCUUAGAGUGUAAGAAAGAAAGUCCAAUGCAAACUAGUAUGGUUAAGUCGCCCGGUAUAAGUAAUUUUAAGAAUAUUCUAGAGCUCGAUUUCGAUGCCAAAUCAGAUGCGGAGAAAGAUUGCGAGGAUGACGAGGGAGAUGCGGAUACUAUUGGUACGUUGAGUCACUCGUUCGAACGACACAGCGACACGACCAGCCAGUUGACUCUCGAAAAUAUCACCCCCGAGACUCCGAUCAAGGAUUUAGAUCUCUUAAGCAGAUUAGUUAAAAACGAGCACAACCUUGAAAAGCCGGUCGAAGAAAAUGUUAAUUUAAAUAGUUCGAGCGAAUUGAAAUCGUUGCAAGAUGAGGAACCAAAAACACACGCCAAUGUAGAAUGUAAUAAUGUACCUAAAUUAAAAGAAUUAUGUGUAGUAUCAAUGCCUAGUGUAAGUUAUGAAAUAAAAGACGUAAUUGAAAGAGACUGUGAGAUAACGUAUGCUAAUAAAGUAAGUAAGGAUAGUAUGGAAGCUAAGUCAAUAGAAAAUAAAAUUGAUCUAAGUAAUGGAAUUGAAAACAUGAUUAGUUGUGAAACGAAUACAGAUCCAGUUGUAGCUACAACAGACAAACUACAAGAAGAAAUUAGCAGUAAUGGUAACGAAGAAACAGAAGUAUUUUCUAACGGUCACUCUAAUGAUACUGAAAAUGCUGUGAUAGAUAAAUUUGAAGAAAAAGUAGGAGUGGAUGUUGAGGAAAAGCUGGCUGAAAAUAAUUGUUUGCCAGAGAAUUUUGAAAAUAAAGAAAAAUUAAACAUUACAAACGAUAUAGAUGAAUCUUUAUUACCAGAAGUAAUUUUAACGCCCGUUAAAAUUAGUACAGGUAGCCUGCAGCUGAAUGAUCCGAAAAAUGAAGAAUUAAACAUAACAAGUGAACUAAAUAACGAUAAGUCUGUUUCCGAGACGUUUAUAGUAAAUGAAGUUUUAGCAAGUGAAAGGACACUUGAAAAUAACCAUAAAUCAAACUCAUCAACCUUUUUAAUAGAAGAAAAUAAGGAAGAAAAAGAUAUGAUAGGCAACAACAAAAAUCAAGAACUAAAUAUAACACAAACCUUACAAAAUAGUCAUAAAGACGACGUUUUUCAAAUAAUUCCGUCAUCUGUAUCAAAUUCAUCACAAGCUAGUAAAAGCGAGAUGGAAAAGCCAUUUUGUGAAGAUUUAAAUAAAGAAAUUGAGAAAGUCAAAGAAUAUCCAAAUGUAUCAAAUUCUUUAGAGUCCUCAAUGGUCCACCAUAAUAACAUCAUUAUAAACGAAACUUUCGGUAUUGACGAAAGUAAUGCAUUAAUAGGCAGUUCCACUAAAGACAUACCAACAGAGUUACCUGAAACAGUACAAAACCUAUCUCAUUCAGAAUCUGUAGAAAUCAAUCACUUAGAAAAUAAGGAAAAAGAAAUAGUCGAAAGUUUGCCAGAACUCGACACGAGCAUAAAACCUGAAGAACAAGUACAAAAUAUUUAUAAAGAUGUAGAAGGGUCAGCCCCGCAAACGGCGCAGGAACAAGAUAUGCUAACUGAGAGAUGUGAAGUUACAUCUGAUGUUGUAUCUGAACCAGGGGCUACAGUCUCAUGUAAUAGUACUGCGUAUAUGGAUCUCACUGAUAAUAAAAAUAAGGACGCACAAAAUAAAAUUAUAAAUCACGGUAACUUUAUAAAAUAUCCUGAAGCAUCUGCUAUGACUGAUAUGAACAGUACAUCUCUAAACGAGUCCACCGUUUACUUAGACUUGCCAACUCUUAUUAAAGAGACUAGCGUAUUUUUGUACUCCGAAAGGAUUGUGUACGAUGGUACCGAAGAUAUAAGAACUAAUUAUGAUGAACCUGAAGAUAUUAAGGAUAACAUUCACACGAGCACACCCAAAGGAAGCGAAAAGUCAACAGAAAGUACCUUAGAACCUCUCGAAGAAGAAACUGUUUCGUUAACUAAAGUGCCGGUAGAUGGUAUCGGAGAGACUUUUGUGAAACCAAAAAACGCUUCGGAUAAUUUGAGUCCCUUCGACUCUCCAACCAAAAGUCACCCCACAGAUACAUACGACGAAAACAGCUCAGUCGUACUCGGGUCCCUAGAGAAUUGUAUGUUCGAGUCGCUAAAGAACAUAAAAUCUGAUUUAGUAGAUAUUCCCAAGGAGGAGCUUCUGGCGUUUUCGUCGAAUUUUAGCGAAAUCAACCUCGAGACUCCCUCGCCUCUUCGAGACGGUAACUUUCUAAACGAAGUCCCCGAUAUAGUAUCCGAGGACUCGGUUUUUGAGGCGAUUCCUAAUCUAAACGAAACCAAAACGAUCGAGCCCACAGAAAACACUUCCGAAUCGGAGGAGCUAUCGUCGGCUAAAAGAGUGUCGCCCCUAACCCCACCGAACUCGCCGGGAAAUUUUCUCGCUUCGACGUCGCAGAUGAAAUAUCUAGUCGACAUAGAUAUUAACGCUGAUGCUGGUCACGUGGAGGACGCGGUACAUUUGAACCAAAUAGACCUUCAAAUGACUACCAAAUUGGCGAUGGCAGAGAACGAGAACAACUUGAACAUAGAAUACUCGGGUCCGCUAGAGGCAGAAGAUUCCCAGGAUGCUCCGGAGUGCGUCCUAGCGGGGAACACUAGUUCUAUGGAUUACCAAAGAGAAGGGCAGAUUGAUGAGGAACGCAUGAAGGAGUUGAGGAACGAAUUGGAACUGAAAUUGCCUCUUGCUCAGGUGUCUGGCAUAGAGCCGGCGGAGUACACGUCGCCGCCGCCGCCCGAGCUGAUCGUGGCGUACGGCGCGCUCAGCCCCAUCGCUGAGGAGACGAGGCUACAGCUCUCCGCAUACGAGAACGAUGAUAACUGGAACUACUCGGUCCGCACGGAAUCAUCUGAGAGCUACCCGGAGCCGUGCAACAACUCGACUGAUGACGUCACAGACCUGGCCACCGGACAAAACAGCGGCCCAAACCACUCCACCUACACCGUACACUCGGAGACCAUCAACCAUACGUAUACGGUGCCCAAGGAGGUGCCUAGCAGUAGUAAAGAAAUAACAAUGAGCGCCGACAGCUUGAACGCCAGUCCAUUGAAGAUAAACAAACCCAACGUCCAGUCACCGAUCGACGACAAAACAUACACCAAAGACGACGAGAAGUCCAACUGCGAGAGACUGUCUCAGAUCUCCCCGUUCCUCGUCAGUCCCACGGACACGUCCGUGCCGGAUAAUUCCGACCUGGCGGCCGUGUCCACGUUGUCCAAAACGACCGUCCCGACCGACGCCAAAUUCUCAAAACCGUCCGAAACCCAGUGCUUGUCGAAGGCGACAAGUAUAGACUCGUGGUGUUCGAACGACACGCUAUACAACGUCGAGGAAAACUUCGACGAUUUGGCUAUGGACCCCGAUAUUCCGGACGUGCCGGAACUCAAAAGGAGCGACAGCGAGCACACUCUGAUGAGCGAGAAAGACGAAAAGGAGCAUAGUCACUGCUCCACAUACAUUGUCCACGAUAGCAAAUCCGAGUGUGAUACGUUCUCUCCCGAUUCUAUUACCGCGAACAACUGUAAUACGUAUACUAAAGCUAAACACGAGGUGGUAACCCCGACGAUCACCAAAUCCGAUCCCGAUUCCAAGAAUACUCAAACGAAGGAUCUAGCGUACGGUACGCUCAUGUCAGGCCUGCCAUCUUACUCCAACUGUACGACGGAGCUCGCGUCCGCUAUGGACGACGCUUGGAAACUCCCCCAGCCUGAGCUAGUCCGGAGAUCUCCUAUCGGCAACGAAAUAAACUUUACCCCACCCAGGCAGGAAAAGGAAAACAUUAGCGUGGAGAGUCCGAAAUGUACGCCAGCGCCGGCAUUAAAGAAGAUGGAUAGCAUCGAAAUAACGUGUCUCAAAGAUAGCGUCCCGGACGCAAAAUUCGAAUCUCCAGAAAUGAAAAUCGAAAACGUCAGCGACGAAAUGAACGAAAGCCUCAACAAGCAUUUCAGCAAGAACAUGGCGUUCUCGGUAACCAGCACGCCGUGUGUCGAAGUCAUCGACGAUGAAAACGUUGAAUCCGUCCCUCUCGACAUGCCUCAGAAUGAUUCUGACGAAGUUUCCGGCGUGCCUAACUUCAACGUGUUCUUUCAGUCCGCGGAAAUAAGACCACAGGACAUAUCUCCGAACGUCCACGAGGGGCGCGCGUUCGAAAUUGAGGGGGAGAGCGGGUUUAUGAGCAGAGAGAGCAAUAGAAACGUCUCCGAGAAGACGCCAACGUACUCGGACUUUGAGUUCUCGGCGGUGACGAAGCCCCAGGAAGUGACUUCAAAGGAGAAGUCUAGUCAGAGCAUGGAAAGUGCUGAUGGCUCCGAGGAGUUCAACCGGUUUCAAAGAAGCCUCCAAAACUGUCCCCAGGACUUGUCGUCCCUAAUCGACGCCAGCUCUCUCUUUAUCAAAAGCGAAAGAAAAUUUAGCGAACCUCCGAGUAACUUAAACGUCGUAACGAAUUUAGAUUUCGAUUUAUCCGUAAAUCGAACUAGCACUGAACCAGAAUCUCAAAUAUUUGACGCCUCUAGAUAUAAUGUUAUCGAAUCUCACGGAUCUAAUGAUAGGGCUAUGAACGUUAUUAUAACUGAUAUAGACUUGGAAGAUGAAAAUGAGCAGCCGCAUUCGAUUAUUGUUACCGAGAGUCCGUUAGCAGCUAAGCUAACACCGAAUAGGACCAGCGAGUCUCAUAAUGAUAGUGAUACAAAAGCGCCAAAUACUUUUCACGCUGAUCCAGCAAAAAACGUGUGGAACUUUGAAAACCUCGAACCUCUUUACGUGAAUAGUGAAGAAAUGAUUGAAAAUAUCGAGGACGUAUCUUUCGAUUUGAAGUCAAGCAAUUCCUUGUCUUCAGCGCCUCAGAACGAACAAACGUCUAUAGAUGUAACUAUCAACGAAGAUAGAGAGAAAAGUUUGCCCAAAGAUACUGAGCAGAAUAAAAUCACCUGCAACGGUACAAACGAAGUGUACGCCACCAUCAAUAUUAUAAAUGAACCAUUCGAGGAACUCGUUGAAAGCAACGUCGAUGAUACUUCCACGUUGGAGUUAAAAGAUGAAACUAAAUCAGAUAAAACAGAUCGACAAACUGAGCUAGAAUCGUUGACUAGCACUAAGGAUGAAACGGUCAAUGAAGUUGGUCAUGAGUCCGUAGCGGAUGUUCCAAAUUCGAACGGCACGGCUGACGACAAAAUGGCGGUCACAGAGGAUUUUUUACAAAAUGAAAAGAAGUUCUGUCAGCUCGACUCGUUUUUUCCGUUACUAAGCGACAUUAGAUUUACAGGUCCAGCAUCGGAAAUAAUGAGUACGUCGUUCACACAAGACUCGCCUACGGAGCCAACUUCACCUGAGUGCGAGCAAGACAAGAAAUGUGAUCCGUCCGCAGACAUACUGAAAGAGUGGGACAGCGACAGCGAUUCCCACUCCACUAAUUCAUCGAGCGGCGAAUUUAUAUGGAAAGGCGGCGACGGGCUCGAGACGCAGCUGGUACCGUCCACGCAAUUCGACCACCAGCGCGACAGCAACUCGCAGCCCUCUCGCACGGACACAGCGGGCGGGGGCUCCGGCUCCGGCGCGUCGGACUCCGGCUCGGGCUCCGGCUCCGGCUCGGAGGGCGACGAGGUGGAGUUCGUGCCGUCGUCGUGGGACUGCCGCGCCGCGCCCGGCAAGUCCUCGCUCAGGAGUUUGGAGAAUACUCUAUCGGCUGACAGCAAGAAGCGCGUGGUUUUCAAGCGGCAGAAGUAUCACUGUGUGUACGAGUACCCGCGCGAAGUCGCCGACCACUCGCCCGCCUACCUGCCAGACUUCUCCACUUAUGCAGAUUGGGACGCGGGCAGUGCGGAGGAGGCGGAGUUGGGCUACCAGCUGUUCACGGCGCCCGGACCACUAGACGUGCUCGCGCGCGCCCGUAUCUCCUUCCCCGCAGACUACGACGACGACUUCUACAUAUCGUCUUCAGCGCGGCCGUUCGAGCUGGGCGUGAUGUCGGGCGGCAGCCAGUUCUUCCCCGGCCUCCACAAGGCGGCGCUGCGGGACUUCGACGACACGCCCCCCUCGCCGGCCCCCGCCCCGCCCCCCGCGCCGCUCGCCGAGCCGCUCACCGCGCCGCUCGCCAAGCCGCUCGAUCUCACCACCCCGGACUCCGGCGUGGAAGACAUAACCCCCGGCUCCCUCCCAGACGAAGACUACAAGAAGACGGAGUGGUGGCGUGAUCCGGCCGAGGCAGUAAGCCCCACCGAGUUGGGCGGGCUCCGCCACACGCGCGACCGCCUCAAGCUCGACCUGCCGCCGUCCCCGCACCUCCAGUCCCCGCGCCACGCCCGCGUGUUCAGCUUCCGAGAUGUCACGCCGCCGGAGCUGCCGCAGGCGACGUUCUCGACGUUCGGCAAACCGCCGCCUGAGCCUGAACCACCGAGAAAUAUAGUGCUAACUGAGGUCCAGACGAGAGAAGGGCGGGAGGGGCGCGAGCGGGGGGAGGGGACCGUCCUCGACAGCGGGGAUGAGGACUCCGGUAUAGAGAGUACUAAGGCGACGCUCGAGCGUGACACCACGGAGAGAGACGCCAACGUCGAGCGGUCGCCCAACGUCUCAUAAGUACGUAGUAUUAUUGUGUAGGCGGGCGGUGAGUACGCAAGUAUCGUUAUGUAUAGAUACUACGCGUGAAAGAGUUAGCAUAAAGUCAAGGUUGAGUCGAGGCUGAGGUAUAUUGGCUGUAGUGCGUCGACAGUACAGUAGUGUGACGUCACCGCCCGCCGCGACGUAGCCCGUCGACGUAGUCCGUCGUAUGCCACUAAGUAAGUUACAGAAGUUUAUUUUGCACGACAUUUUGUAUACAUAUCGGAAUCAUUUUUUUACGAACUGUCCGGUGCCUAGUAGCUUAGCGAUUCCGAAUUUUACGUAUGGUACAAAUGACCGUGAAUUAUUAAUUAUAGGGAGCUCCUAGGGUGAGAGCGCAAACGGUACAAGUGAUUUCCACUCGGUACUCUCUAUGAUUAGCGCCGAUCGUGUGUUCUCACCUUAGGAGCUAUGAUGGUUUCAAAUUCAAAGUGGCCUAACCAAUUACGCUAAGACAGUCCCGUAACAUGCUAGUAUACCUUCAUACGUAUUUGUACCGUUCUCGUUUUAGUCGGUAUAGUGUUGCGUUCGGAUAUGCGUUUGGUAGCAAUGGUUUUUUUACAAAGUUAUUUUUAUUUUUAAUAUGAUUUAAUUGAUAUAAUACUCAGUAAUUGUAUUGUCCAAAUGUUUAUUAUUUACAAGACAGGCCAAACGAUGUGAAAGCGUAUCCGAACGUCGCGUUGAGUCAAAAUUUUAUCUGUGACAGACUGCGCACAAUGAAUCUGCAUCUUCCGUCUUGAAUUUAAAAUAAGAGCGUUUUGAGGCGUAACUUUUUCAAUCGUGGCAAUUCAGCGUAAACAAAGUAUUGUAUGUUAUUUUUUAAUUGUGUUGUUUUAUAUAAAUUUUAUCGCCUCCUUAACGUUCGACGAAAUUGUAAGCCAAUUCUUAGUUGUUAGUGGGUUUCGGUAUGUGUGAGUGUUCGGUAAGUGCCGUUGUUACGGCGAUGGUGGUGCAGGUGGUUACCGCCAUAUGCGCCUCCACUGACGUCGACUUACAUAUUACUCUAAACAUGAUUUCUAGAUGAGAAAAUUAACGCCAUUUAAUACUUAACUAUUUAUAUGGCGUCACGACGCAAUAUAAUACUAGAUGUCUUUUCGUAAUUCGCUGUAAGUCUGCUGAUCCUUGGACAAAGUAUCAUACCUUCUCUUUCAUCAAUAUAAAUAACGAAAAAGAUAACAAUAUGAUGAUUUGUGAUUCACUUCCCAUAUGCAAGAGUAUUUUUCUGGUUAAAAGAUCAAUAGAAUGAAGAUACCAAUUAAAAUUCAUGUUUAUAGUUAUAUAGUGAGUCCGUCUGUGCGAAGUUAAGCAGAACGUGUGCAAUUCUCAUUUUCCAUGUCGUCCCGUAUAGUUUAGUUGUAAAUAUAAUUUAAAUGUUA